AUGGCGAUCCAUCGUCGUGCAAUAGCCGUCGCUCGCAGCGGAAGACUCCGCCUCGCAUCUCUUCGCGAACAUCUCUCACUUUCGCCAGCUCCACCUCUCGCAUCGUCGCACGCCACCGAUUCAUCGCGCGCUAACAUUUUCGCAGAUACGCCUUCACGCCGUCAUUCCAGCGCGUCUCAUCCUCCCCCACCUUCAUCGUUCCUCAGCGCGUCUCACCGUAACCAUCCCUGCGAUUUAUGUAGUCACCGUAACCCCGUGCUGAUCCGAUUAGUCGCCACUCGCUCUUCACCGCAGCGUGCGUCUCCUAGCACCUGUCAUCAUCAUUACCACAACAGCCGCACGCCGCUUGUUCAUGGACCCGGGCUCUCCGCUUCGUCCGCUCUGCUUUCCCGGCUUCUUCACUCUUCUCGAGCCGUCGCGGCCGCUGGAUCGGAGCCGCCGGUUGCCGGCGAGAGAUCUGGACCGUCGGGCGAGAGAGCGGCUGGCGGAGAGGAGAGUGUGGGGGAUUUGCGUGUGAGUUAUGGCGCGACGGAAGUAGAGGAGGAGGAGGCGGAAAGAAGAGGGAAUUCUAAUGACGGAAGGGAGGAGGGACGGGGAAGCGUUUGGGAUGAGGUUCGGGAAGAGGAUCGGAAUGUUGAGGCGCGGGGAGGGUUGGAUUUAGCGGACGGGGAGAAGCAGGAAAUGCGGACGAGACAGCGACGGGUUCGGGUGCGGAAGGAGGCAGGCGGCGAGGGGGCGGCAGGGGGAGGGACGGCGGAAGAAGGACGAUCAAGAGAGGGAAGCCUUGGCAACAUCGAGCAGGGUAGUCGUACCAAUGAGGCUGUAAUUACCGCGGAGGGUGUUAGUAACGCGGAGGCCAAUAACGAUGACGAUGACGACGACAUGAGCAGGUACAGUGUGGCGUCAAAGGAGGAUCUGCGCAACGCGAAGCAGAUCGCGGACGCGAUUCUCAGCGGGCGGUUCUUCGCGGGGAUGAGCCGCGGGAAACGGCACUGGGCGGGGGACGAUGUGGGGGAGAGCGGGAACGCGGGAGGAGAGGAUGGGGGAGUGAGGGAACGCGGGAGGAGAGGGAAGGAGAUGCGCGGGGAAGGGCGCGGGGAGGUGGGGGGAGACGACGAGGAGGAAGAGGAGUGGCGGAGGAGUUUCCGCAAGAGGGGGUGGCGGCCGGGGUUCAGGGGUUUGGGGGACUGGUUGGGGGAGGCGGGCGGGGGACAGGCGGAGGCGGAGGGGCAGGUGGCGGUGGAGAAGCAGCGGUUUGCGCGCGUGGCGCUGGUGGGCGCGCCCAACGCGGGGAAGUCCGCCCUGAUGAACAGACUGGUGGGCGUGAAGGUAUCAGCGGUAUCGCGCAAGGCCAACACGACACAGAGGGAGGAGGUGGGCAUCCGCACCACCGGGCCCACGCAGCUGGUGAGCUUCGAGUUUUCACACGCCUUAACACUGCUGGUGUUUCACGAUACGCCAGGGCUGACGGUGGCGCUACCAUCGCAGCCCCUGUCAGCAUCGCAGCGCCAGGGGUCGCUGCUUGCCUUGUCUGCUGCCCUGCAUUGCCAUGUGGUGGCGCUGGUCAUUGAUGCCGACUGGCGCAUCAGGAGGCCGGACCCGCGGGUGCGGAGGAUGGUGGGGGUGGUGGGGGCGGAGCGGAGGGAGGGGCAGCAGCGCGUAGCGGUGCUAAACAAGGUGGACCUGGUGAAGGACAAGCGUCUACUGCUGCCGCUCGCACAGGAGCUCAGCUCAAUCCACUCCAUUAAGAGGGUGUUCAUGGUAUCAGCGCUGCAAGACAAGGGCGUGAACUUGCUGGAGGAGUAUCUCUUUGACCAUGUGCGUGCUUCUCCUGCCCUGCCCUCACCUCUCACAUGCCAUGCUACUAUGCCAUGGAGUCGGGCCAUGCCUUUGGGCUGCGGUGAUGGGCGGUUGACAACUAAUCGGAUCGACGCGGGGCUACCAGGGGCGCGGCAGCCGCCCGCCCGCGGCGGCCAGGGGUCGCGUCAGGAAGGGCCGGCGGGCGCGGCGCGGGCGGGGCGCGGGCGCGGCGCGGUGGUCGCCCGCCCGCGGAGGUCAGGGGGCGCGCCGGGAAGGGCCGAUGGGCGUGGGGGGUGGGGGCGGGGGUGCGGCGGGCGGGCGGCCGAGGGCUGCGCUGGGGAGGGCCCGUGGGCUCAGCGCGAGGUGGGCGCGGCCACCCGCCGACGGAGGCCGGGGGCCGCGCUGGGGAGGGCUGGUGGGCGCGGGGCGGGGGCGCGGCGGCUGCCCGCCCGCGGAGGCUGGGGCUGCGCCAGAGAGGGCCCGCGGGCGCGGCGCGGAGGCACGGCGGCCGCCCGCCCACGGAGGCCGAGGGCCGCGCCGGGGAGGGCCCUUGGGCUAAGCGCGGGGCCAGAAGCAGUGGCCGCCCACCCGCACAGGCCAUGGGCCGCGCCGGGGAGGGCCAGCGGGUGUGGCGUGGCGCGGCGAGGCAGCGGCGCGGGGCUGGGACGCGGCGGCCGCCCGCUCGCGGAGGCCGGGGGUUUCAUCACCUAUGCUCGUCGCCUCUUCUCCUCUACCCAAGUUGCCGACUGA